GGUGGCUGUUUGUUGUUUGUAGAUACAAUGAUCAAAAUCAAAACAUUAGUGUGUCUUCGGUUGUAAUUUUCAUCUGUGAUUCCUGUUUGGGUAAUCUGCUAUUUCUUUUCUGGACCUUUGGACGGCAGGAUAAAAUGGAUUAUGCCAAAUAAUAUACCACAGCUUAAAAAAAUGGCGUCGGUCAACUCAUCUAUGGAAGAACAAAUAUUGAUGAUUUAUCCAACAGCAGAAGAAUGCAAACUCAACAAUAUGGUUAAAUGCACACAAGAAAGUUGCCAGAGCAUCUUCUCAUCAGAAUCAAACUUGAAUCUGCACCUUUCAAAAACCCACAAGAUAUCGAAUGCAAUGCAACAACCUCGUGCUAAACAGUAUUACUGUCCAGAAUUAGAUUGUGUUUACCAUACUAGAACGCAUUUCAAGAGCAUGAAGUGUCUUCGACAACAUUAUCUGAAGAAACAUUCUAGUAAACAUUUCGUUUGCACUUCCUGUAGUAAAGGUUUUCCUUGUCAAAAUCAUUUGAGUUCCCAUCAAGAAUAUUGUGGAAUAGAUUUUACUUGCUCAGACUGUGAUGCUUCAUAUCCUUGUUAUGAAACAUUAAAAACCCAUGGUAGACGUAAAAAACACAAAGUACUUUCUAAAACUGAGUUCAAACAUAAUCUGCUUGUAUCUAAAACGGAUUCCAAAUUGUUCACAAAUAAGAAUUGUCUAAUUUUACCAAAAUCUAAUGUAAACUUGAUAAUAAUUCCGAACAUGGAUAGAACAGUGCUCCAUCAGGAAAGUCAAACUAUUGAUGAAAAACCAGAUUUGAGAAGCAAAAUGACACAAAUUAGCAGAAGCUUAGCAAGUUUGACAUCACAACAAACACAAACUGGAAAUAAAAAUGUGAAAUUGACAGUAGAAACCCAGACCAUAGGUGAUUUCAUCCAUAUUAACCAGAAAAAUCCUAGCCACUUAUUUGGCUUACUAGACCAGAAGAGUUCUAUAACUCAAACUGAUGUCAUUGAAUCUAAAAAUUCAUCCUGCAAUACAUCAUUCAAUAUGGAAGACUUUGAAUUCGCCAAGGAAACUGAGAUGAGUAACUCAGGCACUCAGACUCAGAAUAAUAUAUUCUCUACGUCUACUAUGACGCAUGAUUCUAUCUACACAGACACAUCAGAUCUUCUUACUGAUACCCUUGAUGAAAACAUAUGUAGUUUUGAAUUUGAUAAUUGUCAUAUGGAAACUCAAACAGAUUUCAUGUUUGAAGAAGACAUGUUCAACUGUGAUUAUAUGAGUAAUACUUAUACACAAACUUGUGAGGACAUAUUAGGCGUUUUUGGAUUCAAUGAUAUACAGACUCAGACUGUUUUUGAAGAUAUGUUAAGAUCCGUUGAGAGUCAGACAAUGAUGUCACAGAGGAAACAAAAUAAUGGGGAAAUCAAAUAUGUUGCUAAUAUGGAGACACAGACUGAUACAGAGUUCAGGGAAAUGCUCGAAGUUAUUAACUCCUGACUAUAACUUUUCUAUUUUUCAUAUCUAUAUAUAAUUUCUAUCUGAAACAUAUUUAUGUUUUCCAAUACCUAUAAAUUUCAGUUGAUGUUGAUAUUUUCUAUGUUCACAUUUUUAUUCAUGAUUUUAUUUGUUGCUGUCAAUCAUUGUACAACUUUGCAUUAUUCUUAUAGAAUAAAUUGUUGAAAAUGUAAAAUGAUUUAGUGAAUUAUCCAAUUGACUUCAUGGAUUUCUAAGGUAGGAAUCAUAAAAUUGCCAAGUUCUAAUGAAAAUACGCGAUAACAAUGUUGGCAAAUCAUAUUGAUUUAUGAAAGUGAAUAUGUUGUUUAUUAUAGGAGGUAAAUGUGAAUUAUAAAAAGUAGCAUAAUAUUAGUAUUGUGUAUCCUAUUACAGCUCCUGAUGAUGAAAAUAAAGUGAAAUGAAUUUUCUUUAAUUCGUAAUAAUU